AACAGAACUUCCUAGAAGCAGGACAACUUUUCUUUCCAGGUCAGAAACUUUGCUCCCGGCGGUGUAAUGUAAAGUGGAACCUUUGUCUUCCGACCUGCUGGGGUGACACAGCUAGUUUGGGCCUGUUUGGGUAACGUUGGGCUAGUUGUGAGGUAACGUUACACCAGACUUUAACAUGCAUAUGCUAGCGCCUAACGGAUCCAUCAUGGAGCUGGACUCGGAGUUUGUGAAAAUUAAAGCUCACUACAGUGGAAUCGAUCUAUCGCCGCGGGGCCAGAAGAUGGAGGAAACUCUACCGAGUCAACGGACACCUCUUCCAGGCCAAGCGCUUUAACAGGAAAGCCUACUGUGGCCACUGUGCUGAAAGGAUAUGGGGGCUGGGCAGGCAGGGCUACAAGUGUAUCAACUGCAAACUGCUGGUCCAUAAGCGCUGUCACAGACUCAUCCCUCAGACCUGCCAAAGGCUUAUGGAUCCAGUCAUGCCAUCACAGGAGCCCCCUUCAGAUGCCAAGAGUGAGGAAGUGGACCUUCCACCAGAUGACACAGAGGACACAGAUGGAAUUCCUUUUCUACCACACAACUGUUCAGUGGAAAAAGCAGAAGAUACAGAGGACAUCAAGGCGGUGGUGGACGGGAUUGACGGCAUCAAGCUGUCCCCCGGCCUAGCCCUGGGGCUCGGGGACUUCGACCUGAUCCGGGUGAUCGGGCGGGGGAGCUACGCCAAGGUGCUGCUGGUCCGGCUGAAGAAGAACAAGCAGGUGUACGCCAUGAAGGUGGUGAAGAAGGAGCUGGUCCACGAUGAUGAGGAUAUCGACUGGGUGCAGACAGAGAAGCAUGUGUUCGAGCAGGCGUCCACCAAUCCAUUCCUAGUAGGCCUCCACUCCUGUUUCCAGACAGAAAGUCGGUUAUUCCUGGUGAUUGAAUAUGUGAAUGGCGGGGACAUGAUGUUUCAUAUGCAACGACAAAGGAAGCUUCCGGAAGAACAUGCACGAUUUUAUGCUGCUGAAAUCUGUAUCGCUCUGAACUUCCUGCAUGAAAAGGGCAUCAUCUACCGAGACCUGAAGCUGGACAACGUUCUCUUGGAUCACGAGGGACACAUCAAGCUCACAGACUACGGCAUGUGCAAGGAGGGCAUCAGACCAGGGGACACCACCAGUACCUUCUGUGGAACACCCAACUACAUCGCCCCUGAGAUCCUCCGAGGAGAGGACUACGGCUUCAGCGUGGACUGGUGGGCUCUGGGCGUGCUGAUGUUUGAGAUGAUGGCUGGGAGAUCCCCUUUUGAUAUUAUCACCGACAAUCCUGACAUGAACACAGAGGAGUACCUCUUCCAAGUAAUUCUUGAGAAGCCCAUUCGCAUCCCAAGGUCUCUGUCAGUGAAAGCUGCCAGCGUGCUGAAGGGCUUUCUAAACAAGGAUCCCAAGGAGCGGCUGGGGUGCCAGGUCGAGACGGGCUACACAGAUAUCAAGUCACACACAUUUUUCCGCAGUAUAGACUGGGACCAGCUGGAGAAGAAAGAG